AUGGAGGUAUCUGGAAAAAGACGUGACCCUGACCUUGACAAGGGCUCCGCUGGCACAACUGUCUACUGCCAGCCGUGUGAAGAGGAAGGCAAACGCGCUGUAGCCCAGGGAUUCUGUCAGACCUGCCAAGAGGACAUGUGUGAUCCCUGUAUCAAGGCCCAUAAGAAAUUCAAGGUGUCCAGGAACCACAUUAUGUUGUCCAAAGAUAAGAUGCCGUCCUCCUACCCGUCCACUAAGCAGUCGGACAUCGGCGUAACUAAAUAUUGUAGAAAGCAUCCGAAUGAAAUGAUCAAGUUUUACUGUCCGACCCACAGCGACCUUGGUUGUGGUGACUGUGUAGUCAUCGGUCAUCGCACGUGCAAAGUCGACUACAUUGAUGAUGUGUCUAAAGAUUUCACCAAUGGAAGGGAAUUCAGGGAGCUGGAACCAUCUAUUAAACGAGCAGAAGAUCUUCUAUCUGGGUGCAUAAGUAAAGUAAAGGAGCUUUUUGACGAGGUCGAACACCAUUAUAAGGAUGAGAUUGACAGACUGAGAAAGUUCCGUGCAGAAAUCAAUACGUACCUGGACCGACGCGAGAAGGAGUUGCUCGGCAACAUCCAGAAAAUGAAGACCGAGGAUGAAAGCGUGCUGACUGAACUCAAGACUGAUUGUGAGUUGGCGAAAUGCGGACUUGUGGUCACUAAGACAGAGCUGACUUCCUGUGACGUCUCGUAUAACCAGCGGUACGUGACGGCAAGGAGAGCCCAGAAGGAGCUACGAGAGAUUCAUGACAAGAUGCAGAAGAUGGCUGGUAGGUUGAAGGCCCAGAAGUAUCGAUUUGUUAAAGACGCGGACACUGAGGGGCUGCUGGAGUCGAAAAUGGGCCUUGGAUCACUGGACGUGUCGGAAGAGUUUGUUCCAGUUCCUGACCUCUCUACUGUGACAUGGGAGAAGGAGGCGGAUAUCAUAAUUAGAAUGACUCAGGACAAGACCACCUGCUGGAUCACGAGCUCAGCCCUGAUCUCGCCUGGUCUCUUCCUCCUCGCUGACUGUUAUAACAACUGUGUCACACUCGUAGACAUCAGCCACCGCACCUUCACGUCCCACCUCCAGCUGCCAGGCAUGCCCUGGGACGUGUGUGUGCUCGCUGAUGACCAGGCAUCCGUCACUUUCCCGUAUAACUCCAUGAUUCAACUGGUGUCAACAAAAGGAGGACAGUUGUCGCGUGGAAAGGAAAUUAAAGUAUCACCUGGGUGUCGUGGUUUAACGUCUUAUAACAACAGAUUAUACGUUUUGUACAAAUCAAACCCGCGUAUUGAAGUGAUGACAUUGGAUGGUCAUAUAAUAAGUACAUUCAAAACAGAUGAUGGAAGACAACUUUUCAAAGAACCAUAUUACCUGACUGUGUCAGCUUCAACACCACCGACCCUGUCCGUGACUGACUUCGGUACCAACACCGUUCUCCAGCUGUCUCUGGACGGAAAGGUCAUGCGUGAGUACCGAGACAAGCAGCUCAUCCGUCCCGAGUCCGUGGUGGAGGUAGGGCCUGGUCAGAUUAUCGUGUGUGGGCGGGACAGCCACAACGUGUUGCUGCUGACGGAGAGGGACGGCAAGAUGACGGAACUACUGGGACGGAAGGACGGACUGACCCAACCAUUUUCCAUUGCGUUCUGUCCUAACACACCUGCCCUAGUUGUCGGGAUGCUCAAUAAUGACUCACUGAAGGUCUACUGA